GGGCGGCGCUGCGUCAUGAGCGUCACUCACUCAACGCGCCUUCAGAUGAAGUUCAGUGAUGCUGCUGACGCGAAGCGCCGCUCUCCUUCGCUGCGUCUGAAAGUGCUCGGAUUUGCGAGAAACUUCUCUAAAGCGGCAUCUUUUGUAUCAGAGCGACCCCGAAGUCUUUCUGUGAUGAUGCUGACGGGUUUAACGCGCGUUUGUGCGGUGAUCGCGCUCGUGAUGUGCGCGUGUGGUUCGUCUGAGGCGGGAUGCGCGGACAGACCGUCACCGAGAUGCUGUCCGGGACGGAAUAACGAGUGCGUGGAGAGGAGCGCGAGGAGAAGCGUGUGUUACUGCGACACAUACUGCCGGAGGAGCGGGGACUGCUGCGACGAUUAUCAGAGCGCGUGCCACAUCUCAGCAGCUGUAGACUGUGAGGUGCGACAGUGGGGUCCCUGGUCUCCGUGUUCGUCCGUCUGUGGGGCGGGGACUACAGAGCGAAGCCGACAGGUAGCCACGCCCCCUCACAACGGAGGCACGCCCUGUCCCGACCUCAAACAGCGCCGAGGAUGUCUCGCACACACACAGACCUGCAGCGCAGCUAAAGAGGUGGCCAAAAUCCUGCCUGACUCAUUCAAGCGGAACUUUAAGGACCCUUGGAGACGGCCGCACAUGCUUAUGAAGGAGGAGAAGAAGAGUUACUGUGUGCAGAUGCGUGUGAAGCAGGCGAGCGCUGCGUGUAAGGUCAAACCGUGGAGCGCUGGUUUGGUUCCCGAACGAACCGUAUGUGUCGAAUGUCAGAGCGACGCCAUGACGACCGAUAACCGCUGCCGUGGCGACGGGUUGCAGAACAUCAGAUCCUUCUGGUCGGCCGCUUCAGCUCCAGGUUGCUCGGGGUCCUGGGUUCGAGAGUCAUUCUCUGAGGACUGCAGGUGUCCGUCUUACUCCAUGAUUUUCGUCUGAACCAAAACACACUUUCAAGCUCUUUCCGAGGGACAUGGUUGCUUAAAAUGAUCCCACAGGAGUCCUGGAGAGCCUCCUUCAUCUGAAGCCAAAUUCUCUCCAUCAAAAGUUAAGCAGUCUCUCACUUUCCUGUGCCUCCAUCAAACCAAAACACAACCCUGUUCUUCUAAACUCUGCUAUCUACCUCCAUAAUGCACCUGUUUCUGAUGCCUUUGAUUAUAGAUUUCUCUCUGUCCUGCUUUUCUACUCUCGUCUCUCUUCUGAGUCAUACGUACUGUAUUUAUAUAUGUUUGAAUGUACUUCUGUGUGUCAGUGUGUGUGAGGUUUGCACGAGUUCUGUGUGUUUUGAAUGCAAAACUCGUUAAUACACGAGUCGCUGAACGACAAGCUAAUGUAAAUGAAUGUUUAUGUUGAGUAGUAUUUAGUUUUCUGGAGAAAAAAAACGUUUUAAGUGUCCUGAUCUGUGCAAAACACUGCAGUGCCUUAUGAACGCCACUUUCACACGUUGACCAAAGUUUCUUUGACAUCAUUUUGUUUGCAUGACUUGAAAGCUGUGUUCGAAACCGCACUCGAUUCUUCUUGAAAAUGGGAUUUGUUUCCUGUUUUCAUUUGGUAUAAAGGCAAAGUGCCCUCAAUUGUGGUCAUGAAUUAUUUGUCCAUCACAGUAUAAAACAUUUCUCAUUGCUGCUCGUCUCUGCAGAAAUUGCCUUUCCAUAAAAUCCAAUUUAUUUUAUUAAAAUAAAUGUCCAAUUUAUUUAUUAUUACAGCAUCUGACUCUAAUAUAUAAUGACUUUCGCGCACACAUAUAGUAUAACAUCAGGACUGCACCAAAUUAAUACUUUUUAGAUUGCAAUUUCAUUGUAUUUUUGUCUUUAAAUAAUAUUUCAGUAGCUUUAUUGAUGCUUUUGUAUGAUUUUAUUUUUACUUUGGUUAUUUGCAAUGUUUUUCGUAUUCCCAUCACAUAUUAAAAAGUCAUUCGUCUCAGUUAAUUUUC